AUGUACGACGAUGAGUCCGAAAAGGAGGACUCGCUCUCUGUCAUGCGCAGCAACACCUCAUUGAACGGAAGACCCGAUUCCACGAACGCCAUGCUUCGUAUCUCCUUGUUAGUUGCGUUCGCAGCUUGGAUUGUCGACUUCGAUAAUGGGUACACCGGUACUGUCCUCAUCAUGCCUUCGUACAAAGAGGCCUUCGGUACUUGCAGCGAGUUACUGGAUCCGGAAACUGGAAAGAUUGUCGAACAAUGCUCCAUCACAGCUUUGCAACAGUCCCUCAUCAGCCUCAACUACAUGUUUAUCGGUAUCGGUGGUGGAAUAUCUGGAUUAUCGGGGAGACUCUUUGGUCGCCGUGGGACGAUUCAGAUCGGUUGCGCGCUUGCUAUCAUCGGCGCGGCGGGGAUGCUGGGUACGGGUGGACGAGGUGAAGGGAGUUUCCUACACUACAUGGUCUGUCGAUGCAUCAGUGCUAUUGGAAUUGGACAUAUGAUUUCUGGAGCCGUGACAUAUGGUUCGGAAUGUAUCGUUGCGUCGAAGCGUGGAUUCGCGUUGGCGCUGUACAAUGUUGGUUUGGCGAUGGGGAAUGUCGCUUCGUCUGCUGUAUGUGCCGGAUCAGCGAAGCUGGAGCCAGGAAAUAAUUGGCAAUGGAAGACACCUAUCCUAUGCCAGAUUCCAUUGGGUUUUGCUCUGGCAGUGAGCAUCUUGAUGUUUCCCGAGUCGCCGCGGUGGAUUCUGAAUAACAACACUGAGAAUGACGACGACGCAAGGAGGGCGUUCGCGAUGCUUUAUCAGAUGGAUCCUUUUGCACCGGAGAUUACGAAACAGAUUGAGGAUGUCAAGGCACAUAUCAAGGCCCAGAGAGCCGCUUCCGAAUCAACAUGUUGGUACCACAUUUAUCAGAAGAAGCAUAUUCGCCGGACAGCAGCAUCUGGACUCGUUAUGAUUGGACUUUCGAUCACCGGGAUUCAGUUUGUGCAGCCAUAUGCAACGACCUUUCUUCGCAGUGUUGGAAUCAGCAACCCAUACCUCAUCAACGUUAUUAUUGGUCUAUGUAUUCUGGGAGGCGCAGGUCUGGGUCCAUUUAUUGUUGAAUAUGGUGGACGUCGACUGGCAAUCAUGGCCGGGUACACCGUGAUGGCAGUGUGUAUGUUGAUUUUAUCAUCUGUGAGCACAGCACUCGGCCACAAUGAUGUUUCGAAGAUGGUUGUUGUCAUCCUCUUAUGCUUCUGGUCAUUCGUCUUUGGUGGAACUAUCGCCCCGACUGCUGGAUUAUCAUCUGUGGAAAUGCACAGUGUCUCAUUGCGGACAUAUGGGCAAGCGAAUACCACAAUUCUCUAUGGGAUAUUCUCAUUUGCUGCUACGUUUUGGACGCCUUACAUGCUGGAUGCUCAGUAUGGCAAUAUGGGUCCUAGUGUGGGUUACUUCUAUGCUGGUGUCACGGUCGCGAUCCUCAUAUUGGUCUUUUUGCUCGUACCGGAGACAGCGAUCCUCACGUUGGAGCAGAUCGAUGAAUCUUUCAACUCUGGGAUUCCCGCUUGGAAAACCUCCGUGGCACGGAAUAAGGAGUUUGCACGGCUUUGA